AGCAUCCUAUUUACUUCCGGUGUAAGCACGCGAGGCCCCCCCCGGCGGAAGACAUAGACUUUGGCAGCAUGGCGUCCAGCGCUAAGAGGAGAGCCGUGGCCGAGCAGCCGAGGCAGGACGACGACGAAGAGGACGACAUGGAGGAGGAGAUGGAGGGGGACGACGACGAGGACUCCGACGACAUUGAAGACGACGAGUCCGAGGAAGACGAGGAGGUGAACGAGGAGGUGAACGUGGACUUUGAAGCCCAUACUAUUUCUGACAAUGACCAUGAUGGGAUCAAGAAACUCCUGAAGCAGGUGGAAGCGCAUCCUGUUCUAUGGGAUACAUCUGAAUGUGGGUAUGGUGACCGCCAGUUAAAGGAAGAAGCCUGGAAUACCAUCUGCCGAAAUAUGCACGUCAACUGGGACGGCCUGCCAGAGAAGCAUCAGAUCUUCAUCGAGAAUGAUAUGAAGAAUAAAUGGCGCACUGUGCUAAACCAAUUCAUACGGGAACUGGCACGGGAGCAACGGAGCAGCGCAGCCUCUCAAGCCAAGCGCAAGCCGUACAUAUACCGAAAGGAGAUGAUGUUUGUCACAACUAGUGGGCAAAUCCUUCAGGCCAACCUGGAUCCUGAUUCGGAGUUAGAGGCAGAAGAGAAGCAGCCGAAGGGGAGGGGGAGGGGUAGGGGGAGAGGUCCUGCUAAAGGUUCUACACAACCGGGAAAGGGAUCCAAACGUGCUGCUAAAGGGAAGAAUUCUGUGGUGAUCGUUCCUCCCCGACCCCCCAGAAUGAGGAAGAGACGCGUGGUCCGUAGCAGGGCCUUUAUCUCCGAGCAGGUGGAUGCGGGGAUCCUGACCCUUCUACAAAGGAGAGCUACUGAAGACGGCCAUGAUGACUUUGGGCGUGUAGUGGCAGCUCAAGUACGCCGCCUGCCACUGCACAGACGGAAUGACUUCAUGACUUUUGCCCUCAACUCUGUGGAGUAUUUUCUGCCCCCCUUUAAACCCCCUGAUGUCGAUACCUUGGUGUCCAGCCUUCGAAUGGUGUGCACAGGGCAACCAGGCAGCUCGCAUUCACCUUGAUCACUACAACUGUAAAUUUGUUUCUUUGAUCCCCCUUUAAGGGUAUAGUCACACUCUGCAGAAAUGUUGCCGAAAUUUGUGUAACAGAAAAUCUUACAUAUAUCUGAACAUGCCCCUGUUAGCCCACACUUAAGAUUCCCCCGCCCCAUGUCUAUUUCAAGAAAUUUGGAUAUGCAAGGAUGUAUUAACUGUACGGGGGAGAUGCUAGGUGCUUUAGGUACAUAUUUUGUAUGUUAUGUAGUAGAAACCUAUACCUUUUGUUGUGGGUGGGCGUUUUGUAAAAAAAUUAUUUAUAAUGUUUGUUUGUUUUUUUUGUUUUUUCAAGUAAACACUUAAAAAGCCAAUUAGUUUUUUUUCAUUUAUUGUGCUGUUCAACACAGAGCGUCAGUCACUGAUGCAUGGGCUGGUGCGGAAAACAGCGCCACAUUUGUCUGCUGGUUGGGUGUGGAUUUGCAGUUGUGUUCAAUUGACAUGAAUGGAGGCAAGUUCUAAUAUUAUUCAGAACCUGAGCUAGAAUGUGGUGCAAUUUUUUUGGGAAUAAAUUAGCUCUGUUUUGCUUAAUGACCCUGCUUAGUAAAUUGCCGCACCUUUCACCCAUGCCAGAUUUAAGAGGAGAGAGUUGUCAGUCAAUCCUGUGCAUCUGAGUCUCAGAACUCUGCACCACAUUGAGGCUGGAGUAUAUUUUGUACAGGGGGUGGUCACACGGGUGGCAUGUUGUACAUAAUAAAAAAAAUAAAUAAAAAAAAAAAAAAAAGGAAGGGGGUUUCAUGAAAGUUGCAUUUCAGCCAUGUGGGUUGGAACAGAUAUAGGUUAAAGUCCAGAAGUCGGCACCGUUACCCCUCUUCCGACAGAUAUAUGUUCAUUUGGGGCACUUCACUGCUCUGUUUCUGCACGUCACGGCUCUGAGGAUUUUUUAUUUUUUUUUAUUAUAUGCCACAUUUGAAAAGUGACACUGACCUUACUCGCACUUAAAAACUCUUAAAAUAAAUUUUUUUUCUAUGUU